AUGAAUAGCAAAAUGUUGCACAUUAUCAUUGGAUUUAUCGUCAUCGUUCAACGAGCUGCUGGAGAUGAUUUAGGGUUACUUUCCAGCACACUGCGUGCGUUUCGAACGAUUUGUUGCGACGACGAGCUACUGAAUCUGUCGUGCCCCAUCGGGACCAGCAUCUCCGUGGAGCUCGUCCAGUAUGGCACCAGAGAAAGUAACGAAACGCUUCAAUGCGCGUACAGCGAAGUGGACAGUAGCUAUUACCUUCCCGAGCCCACCACACCCGCCCUUAGUACGAUUGACUUCUCCGUAGCUGUCCAAGUAAACGCAACCUCCAUUACGCCCACAGUAUCGACGGUCAGCACCGAGCUGGCUACGAACGAUACGCUGGCCACGGUUGAACGGCCGAAAGACAAAUGUACUCCCCUGUAUGUGCUGCAGUACUCGAUCCUGCAGACCGUUGUUGAAGCAUGUCAGAAGAAACGACGGUGUCGGAUACAGGCCACACCGAAAAACUUCGCAACAGCCCCAUGCCCGGGCAUACAUCGUAUGGUAGAGGUCAAUCACAAAUGUCGCCCAUUUGAAUUUCGCAGCUUGAUUUCGUGCGAAAAGGACAUCGUUCGGUUGACGUGUGGUCAAUACACCCGCAUAGCAAUUUACAGUGCCACCUAUGGGCGAACCGCGUACGAAAGUUCACACUGCACGCAAGCGGCUGCUUCAAAGGAACAAACAUGUCUUUCGGAUCACACCAGUCUCACGUUGACAGAGAUCUGCCAGGGCCGGCGAAAGUGCACAGUAGCGGUGGAAAGUUCAACAUUCGGGAACCCAUGUCCGGAGAACAUCAGGGUCUACCUGAAAGUAAUCUACGCUUGCGUUUCGAGGAAUGUUUUCCGGGAACGGUACAUCACACCGCUCGAGGACGACGAGCUGGACGAGCGUCCGUACGAGUCGAACGAGCUGUACGACGAAGAACUGACACCGGCUCCGAACCAGAUAGAGGGUUCCGCUGUCGGAAAGGGUGUCGGUACCAACCACAACAAGUACUCUGGCAGCGGCGAAUCAGCGGUCAAGGCGGAAAAUAUAGUCACAUUCAACAAAGACGCUGGCGACAGCUCCAGUGGAAAUGACCAGCCAUCGCUGCUCGAUGAUGGACACCUGCUGAUCGUCGGUGUCGCGGUACUGUUCUUCUGCUUUGUCUGCGUUUCAUUCGGGGCGCUGCUGGCAUACAAGAUGAAGCUGUUCCGGCCGAGCAGUAAUCGGUGCAUCAAGGCGUCCGAGUCAAGCGACAGCCAUUCGACACCAUCCAGCUACCGGGCACCGAGCGAAGACUUCGAUCUGGUUGAAUGCAUGCCGGAUACGAAUGCGAUGACGGAAAAGGCACCCGAGCAACCACCACCGCCACCGCAAACGUUUGUGCAACCGGUCACCGCAUCCGCCCCAGUUACGGCCAUCCCUACCAGCACCAUCCUGCCGGCGUUCAAGUUCGCCGAGCCGCGUGGUAGCCUGUCACAAAUAUCGACCACCAUGUUCAUCCUGCCGAACUACCUUAUGGCUGGCCCGCUGCCCGGUACCUUGUCCAACCGGCGGCCCAAGGACACUGGUUCGCCGCUACCACCGGGUGACAAUCUCACCAUCACACUCGCCACCGACCGACCCGGUAGCAGCAACACAACCGUUACCAGCCGCGUGGAGUCACCCAGCCCAGCAUACUAUUCGCAACAUCUGCAGCCCCAUCAGCAGCAUCACGUGCCGUACGGUGUGAGCGCCUCCUGUGGCCAGUGUACCGCGCUCGGCUGGCAACCAACCGCCGGCCCAAUCUACGGUGGAAAAGUGCUCGCAGUAGAAAAAGCUGCCAGUGCCACGAACAAACCGUCACACCCGUAUCAUCGCAAUCAAUCAUUAAAAGCGUCUGCCGGUGAGCCGGAAGGGUGCACGGAUAUUGGCGAACCGGGUGAGAGCGGUGGGCUGGGCAUGGGGAUGGUGGGAUCGGGGGCCACCCUAACACAGUCGCAUCCUUUUUUAUGGCUGGGCUUGAAAAUCGGGCUGAUGUAA